AUGGGCAGUAAGUGUAGUCAAUGUGAUUGCAGAUAUGGAAGGAACAUCGGAUAAGAGAGAGAAAUAGUGUUAGACAAUAAGGAAACUAAAAAUAAUACUUCGACAAACUUGCUUCUAAGUAAUUAAGGGAAUGCAAAUCUGGAUUCAUAAAGUAAAGAAUAGUAAAGUAAAAGUAAUGAGAAAUAAUCAUCACAAAAAAAUAAACCAAAAAAAGCCCAUAUUAAAUUUAAUGAAUUCUAGAAUGAGAGUGAAAAACUCCUCAAGGCUGCUAUCAAAAUUUAAAGUAGAUAUCGAGGAUAUAAGGUUAGAAGAAAAAAUGGAUAAAAAACUGUGAAAAAUUCAAUUAUAGGAGCUAAUAAAAAUUAUUUGAAAGAGAAUUUUGAAAUCAUCAAUAUUCCACCUCUGAUUAAUGAUUACACAUUGGAUACUAGGGAUCCGUAUGAAUUCAAGAGUGGAGCCAUUUAUUAAGGUUAAUGGAGAGGAAAUUUUAGAGAAGGAAUAGGGACCUAAAUUUGGACAGACGGAGCAAAAUAUGUUGGGGAAUGGAAAAAUAAUAGGGCUUGUGGAAAAGGGAUAUUUUAUCAUGUAGAUGGCGAUAUUUUUGAAGGAGAAUGGGAUUAGGACAAAGCUAAUGGUAAAGGAGUCUACAAACAUUCCAAUGGAUCGAAAUACGAAGGAGAAUGGAAGGAUGAUCUACAGCACGGAUAUGGUAAGGAGGUCUGGAACGAUGGUGCCAAAUACACAGGAAAUUAUAAUUAAGGGAAAAAAUAAGGAUUCGGCAAAUAUGAAUGGCCAGAUGGUUCUUAUUAUGAAGGGGAAUGGGAGAAUAAUAAAAUCAAUGGAAAAGGGAGUUAUUGCUGGUCAGAUGGAAGGGGUUAUGCUGGUUAAUGGAUUGAUAAUUGUAUGCAUGGUAUUGGGGUUUACACCUGGAAGGAUGGCAGGAGAUAUGAAGGGGAAUAUAAGAAUGAUAAAAAGGAUGGACGUGGAGUUUAUUAAUGGGCUGAUGGUAGGAAAUAUGAUGGGAUGUGGAGAGGUGGUAAGUAGGAAGGACAAGGGGUUUUCAUCUUUACUGAUAGUACAAGAAAGAGGGGAAUAUGGAAGGAGGGUAAGAUAUUUAAAUGGCUGGAUAGUGAUGCAUGA